AUGGAUAAGUGGUGGGAAUUUCCUAGAUGGAGUUAUGAUUAUCAAAAAGGAGUGGAUGAAUACAUUGAAAAAGCUUUUGCUACAAGGUCCCAAGGAAAUCAAAUUAGUUUCCCAUGUUGUAUGUGUUAUCAUCGAUAUGGGUAUGGUCGGAAUGACGUGAAAGAUCAUAUCAUUUGCAAUGGUUUUGUACCAAGAAGUGAUGAAUUUUCUGGGUUUGGGAAGAUGGGUGAUGAAACAGAAUUAGAGGCACAUGAUGAACCAUUGAACAUGAAUGAUGGUAUACAAGAAAUGUUUAACGUUACUCUGAGAGAAGGGCCAAAUGAUGAGGCAAAGAAGUUUCUUAGUCUAAUAGAAGAAGGCCAACAAGAAUUAUAUCCUGGUUGCAAAAAAUUCUCUAGACUUGCGUUUACAAUUCGCCUUUAUAUAUACAAGUGUGAUCAUAAGUUGAGUAAUGUUGCAUUUUCUGCUUUGCUAGCAUUGUUUAAGGAAGUUCUACCCGAUGAUUCUGUAUUGCCAACAUCGUUGAAUGAGGCAAAAAAAGUGUUGAAAGUUUUAGGUUUAGAUUAUAAAAAAAUCGAUGCGUGCCCUAAUGACUGCAUGCUAUAUUGGGAGGAGCAUGCAACUGCAACAAGUUGUCAUGUUUGUGGGGCCUCAAGGUGGAAAUCGAAGGAAAAUGAUCACACUGAAUAUACCUCAGAAAAGGCACAUAAAAUUCCAGCAAAAAUUCUAAGAUACUUUCCACUUAAGAAAAGGUUGCAAAGGUUAUAUAUGUGUGCCGAAACUGCUAAUUACAUGAAAUGGCAUGCAAAUGGUCGAGGGAAAGACGGACUUGGACUUUUGCAAAAUCCGGUGGACGGUGAAGCUUGGAAGAACUUUGACAAAUUGUGUCCAAAAUUUGCUCAAGAUCCUCGUAAUGUGAGGCUUGCAUUAGCCACAGAUGGGUUUAAUCCAUUUAAUUCAAUGAUGUCAACUAUAACUUGCCUCCAUGGUUGGCCACAAAAAACAUAUGAUGCGUCAACAAAUACAAGGUUUGACAUGCAAGUAGCUUUGGCGUCUACUAUUAGCGAUUUUCCUGCUUAUGCAAUGAUAUCUGGUUGGAGCACAAAAGGUAAAACAGCUUGCCCAUAUUGUCAUUAUGAAAUUGAUUCAGUGUGGUUACCAUAUAGCCACAAGUAUUGCUACAUGUGUCAUCGCAAAUUUUUGGAUACUAAUCACCCGUGGUGUUUUAAUAAAAGAAACUUCAAUGGAAAAAUUGAUGAACGAAUUGCACCCGUGCCUUUGACGGGAAUUGAGAUUGAGGAAUUGCUUUGUGAUUUUCCAAAUCAUUAUGGAAAAAAGCAACCUAAGAUGAAACAAGCAGAGGAUGAUCCUAAUCCGUGGAGAAAGAUGUCCAUACUUUUUAAGUUGCCUUAUUGGAAACAUUGUUCUAAUCCCCAUAAUUUGGACGUCAUGCACAUAGAAAAGAAUGUGUUUGAUAAUAUUGUUGCGACAUUGUUAGCCAUUCCUGGGAAGACAAAAGAUAAUUUAGCUGCUCGUCAAGACCUAAAAGACCUCCGAGAAAAGAAAGACCUACGUUGGGUUCCUGAGUUGGAGAUUAAAGAGUUAGAAGAUGGAACUAAAGAGGUUCCAACAUCAAGGUUUUGGAUGAAUGCCAAUGAAAGACGAUUGUUUUGUCAAACCAUAAAAAAUGCAAAGCUACCACAAGGUUAUGCCUCAAACAUUGCUCGUUGUGUGCAAGUAAAUGAACGAAAAAUCACAGGAUACAAGAGUCAUGAUGCACAUUUUAUGAUGCAUUACUUGCUCCCAAUUGCCGCAAGCAUUACCUUAAAUAAAGAGGUUGCAACGCCUUUGAUAAGGCUUUCUAAUUUUUUCAAGGGUAUAUGGAAAAAAACAAUUAACCCUCAAGAUCUUAAUAAACUUCAUUCUGAGAUAGUUGAAACUUUAUGUCAAUUUGAGGGGAUUUUUCCACCAGCUUUUUUUGAUGUCAUGGUUCAUUUGCCGGUUCACUUAGUAGAACAAAUUAAGCUUGGUGGACCUGUUGCAUUAAGGUGCAUGUAUGAAAUUGAGAGAUAUCUUCGGGAAUUGAAGUCAGAUGUUCGGAAUAAGGGUCGUCCGGAGGCUUCAAUGGCUGAAGGCUUCUUGGCCAAGGAAUGUGCUAGAUUUGUUGCUCGAUAUCUAAUUAUGUCAAAAGGUCCAAGUGCACACGUCAGUGAGCCUUCUAUUUCACAACAAUUUCUUCCAAAGCUUGGACAUCCUAUCAGGGGAAGAGGAAAAACAUCAAAGAAGAAACAGGUUGGGUUUGUCAUCGAUCAAAUCACAUGGAGUCAAGUGCACCAAUAUGUCUUGUUCAAUUGCAAUUGUGAAGAAGUUGAGAGAUACAUUAAUCAGCACAAAGCAACAGUAGAGACUCAUCGAAAGAGAAAAUGGGAUACGGCUCAAAGUCAUUGCAAGGAUUUCAAAGAUUGGUUUAAAGUGGCAAUCACAUUGAAGGUUGAUGAAGGUCAACCUGUCUUAGACCAUGUCAGGUGGCUAUCAAAAGGACCCUCUUCUAAAGCAAAAAUGUAUAGUGGGUACUAUGUCAAUGGUUACAGGUUUUAUACUAUGAAACGAGAGGCAAAUUAUGCCACACAAAAUAGUGGAGUAACUUUAACGGCGUUAACACAUAGUUUUGCUAGUAGUAAGGAUAAAAAUCCUUCAGUGGGAAACGUCAUGUAUUAUGGUUCUGUGGAACAGAUUACAUGGCUGUCUUUUCUUUUGCAUCCAAUAGAAUGA